AUGCGUCAGAUAGCACAACAAAUAACAGGUUCUCAAGCACAUGGUUCCCUUCCUAGUGCAAUAGUGACAAAUCCAAAAGAGCAUAAUAAUGUGAGUGUUAUGAUGACUAGAACUGGUAAGUCAACUAAGAGCCCUGAAGACAAAUUAGGGGAAGAAUACCAUUUUCUAGAGGCACUUGAGCAAAUGUCAAUAUAUGUCAAGUUCAUGAAAGAUAUCAUCUACAAGAAAUGCACCAUUGACAUUGAACCUAUACUUUUGACUGAAACAUGUAGUGUUAUCUUGAAUGGUUUGAAGAUUCCAAUGAAAAAGAAAGAUAAGGGCUCUGUGACCAUUCCAUGUACAAUAGGGGAUAGAAAAUUCAAGAAGGCGCUUAUUGAUUUUGGAGCUAGUGUGAGUCUUAUAGCUUUGUCCAUCUAUAGAAAGUUAGGAAUUGGUACAGUUCAUGAUACCAGAAUGACACUUCAGUUUGUCGAUCACUUAGUAAAGCGAUCCUAUGGUGUAGUGGAAGAUGUUCUAGUGAAAAUAGACAAGUUGGUGCUUCCUGUUGACUUUGUUAUUCUUGAAAUGCCUGGAGAUGAAGAGAUCCCACUGAUUUUGGGGAGACCUUUUCUAGAAACAGGAAGAUACAUGAUAGACAUUAAGGAAGGAACCAUGACCCUCAAGGUUUAUAAUGAAGAACUAAAAAUUGAUGUUAGGAAUACUAUGAAGUACAAUGAUGGUGUGUGGACCAGUAAUACAAUUGAAAUGUUAGACAUAGUGGUAGCUCAGUCUAUUCAGAACCAAAUCCCGAAAUUGCCUUUGGAAAGAGUCCUUAACUUAUCAGCUCAGGAAAUAGAAGAAAAUGAGGAUGAAAAAGAGAAAGAAGUGCUAGAUAUGAUGGAAGCAAAACCUCAAUGGCCAAGAUCUAAACCACACCGGUGGGAAGAUUUAAGAGCACCACAUGAAACAAAAAGCAACAAGGAAUCUGAGAAAGGUACAGAGUUGAAGCAGCUACCUGGAAAUUUGAAGUAUGUCUUCUUGGACUCUUAA